GUAUUUAAAAUGCAUUUGCCAAAUUCGACACAUAUGGCAUUAAUAGGAUGCCUUGGAUCUAUUUCUUAACUUAAUGGAUUCUUACCUUUGUAUCUUUACCAUUACAGCUGAUUGGGGUGUUUGGUAGCCUUGCCAGUUUCAUGGAUAGAGAUGGAAGUUUUCGGGAUGCAUUUAAUGACUCUUGGAAGCCAAUGUUUUCUAGACAUCCGGUUUGCUUAUAUUACAGUACAGGGGCAAUUGCGAUGUUUCUUCUUGCUGGGAUUAUUGGUUUUGCAUAUAAUUUAUGGGCUAUCGACACUGAGAACAGAGAAGAGUUCCGGAAUGAAUGUUUUGGGUUGGAUUAUUUUGGAAUGUUUUUUGGCAUCAUCAAAAACAUUCAUUCCUCUGGCUCUGGCUUUAGUAUCCGCCUUUACUGUAUUUGGUGUUGCAUAUGGUUUCUUGUUGGGUACAUUGGCCUUCCAUAAAAGCUGGCAGAAACACCGUGAUGUUCUCUCAAAGCGAAGCCUUACAGAGGAGUACAUAGUGGAGGAUCUUCAUGGCUAUUACUUUGCACCGCCAAAAUUGGACCCUGAACAUGAAGAACGCUUGAGAGCACUUAAACUUCUGUAGGCAUGGAAAGUUGAGUGAUUUUCUCUUUGAGUAUGUGAUUAAUUUUUCUGUAGCAGCCAAUUGGUUGUUUAAGUUAACCUAUUUUGUCAUGGUUAGUUCAUAGAGGGGGAAGUUGAGAACCUGUUUAUGUCAGUUCAUGGUUCUUGCCAGGGAACCUUUUCCUUUCAUAGAAUUAUAGAUGAUGAAAGUAUUACCUUGUAAAUAACAAUGCACCCAUUUGUAAUGUUUUGUUUUAUAUUGAAGAGAUAGAAAGUCAUUUAUUGUGGCAGCA